AUGUCGCAGAAGAGGAGCGAUGUCUGGUCUCAUUUUACCGAAAUAAAUUCAGAAAGUGCUAAGUGCAACAUUUGUAAAAGAGUUAUCUCCUAUAAAGGUGGAGGAUCCUCAAAUCUGCGGAAGCACUUAUAUUCGCAACAUCCAACUGUUUCACUUAAAAAAGUUAGAAAUCAUCAUGAAGAUUCUGAUGACGAAACACCAUCUACUAGCAACAAACAAAUGAAACUUGAUGAUUACAAUAUAAGAAUCCGUAUGUCCAAAGCAAUGGAAGAGAAAAUACAUAAUGCACUCUUGCAGAUGAUUACCAUUGAUCUCCGGCCCUUAUCAAUUGUUGAAAAUAUUGGAUUUCAAGAAUUUACAAAAGCUUUAAAUCCAGAUUACAAAUUGCCCAACCGAAUCACUCUUACAAAGUCUUUAUUGCCAAAAGUUUAUGAUAAGCGUUUAUUGGAAGUUAAACAUAUGUUAAGAGACAUUGAUAACAUAUGUAUAACAACCGAUGGGUGGACAUCUAUAUCAAAUGAAUCCUACAUUUCAAUUACUGCCCACUUCAUUUCUCCUGACUGGAAACAAAAAACGGUCUUUAUAAGUUGUUUUAAAACAAUGAAAGAUCAUACGGCUCAAAAUCUUAAAGAUGAAAUUUGCCAAGUAUUACAAGAAUGGGGUAUGGAUUCAAAAAUUACUUGUGUUCUAUCGGAUAAUGCUGCCAAUAUAGUAGCUGCUAUUAAAAAGACUGAUUGGACUCAUUUAUCGUGCCUGGCACACAACCUGCAUUUAGUGGUGACGGAUGCAUUAAAAAUUAGUGAAAUAAAUGAAAUUAUAGUGAAGUGUAAAGUCGCUGUGGAAUACUUUCAUCGAAGUACGAAAGCCAGUAAUAAGUUGAAAGAAAUUCAAAAUCAAAUGGGGAAAACUGAUUUAAAAAUGAUAAAUUCCACUCCAACAAGAUGGAACUCCACAUUGCACAUGCUAGAAAGAUUUGUGAAAAACCAAGAACCGUUAGAAGCUGCUGUAGCAAUUUUACAUAAUCCUACCAUACUACCUUCUUUAGAAGAGUGGUGUAUAAUUAAAAGAAUAAUAAUUAUUCUACAACCGUUUAAUGAAAUUACCAUCGAAAUGAGUGGUGAAACAUACACAACAAUUUCUAAGGUUCUGAUUAUGAUACAAAGAUUGCAGUCUUUUUUAAUAAAAACAAAAAGCGGCGAAUCAAAUGAGAAAUGUAAAAUAUUCAUAGAAAAGCUUUCCGCAAAUAUAAACAGACGUUUUCAUAUGUGUGAAACUAAUGAAAUAUAUUCAGUUUCAAGCUUUCUAGAUCCUCGAUUCAAAUUAAAAUCAUUUACUGAUGAAAAUGCUUUAAAUAUUUGUAAAUCUAAAAUUAAUAUCCUUUUGGAAGAGAUGGACACACAUGAAGAAAUUGAAUUAGACAAUUUAUUGGAGGAGGUUUUAAGUGAAAAAUCUAUUUGGGAUGACUUUGACAAAGAAUCAAAUGCAAAUAAGAAUAAUAUCAAAAAAGCAUGUGCUGAAUUGGAAAAAUAUAUAAAUGAGCCCACACUUGAAAGAAAAAAGUGCCCUUUGGAAUGGUGGAAAAUUAAUGAAAAUAAAUAUCCCUUUUUAGCUAAACUUGCUAACAAAUAUUUGGCCAUUGUGGCAAC